ACAAACUCGACUUAUUAAUUCUGCUACUCAAGUGCGCUCUCACAUUAAUUUAUUACGCCGCAAUUGUUUGCUAUUGUUUAUUACAUCAUCAUGGCAUCCCGAGAAAGCUUCACCAUUGGAUGGGUUUGUGCUCUCCAAGAGGAAUAUGAGGCCGCAUGCGCCAUGCUAGACGAAGAGAUCGAAGGCCCUCCAUACCAAGAGCCAGGCGAUAACAACACGUACUGCUUCGGUCGUAUCGGCGGGUACCGUAUUGUUAUUGGAUCCCUUCCAUCAGGUCGCUACGGCGUCACAGCGGCUGCUCGUGUUAUGGUCGACAUGACACGCACCUUUUACAAGCUACGGCUUGUCUUAAUGGUUGGCAUAGCAGGGGGCGCCCCUACUUCAGAACAGGACAUCCGUCUCGGCGAUGUUGUCGUUAGUGUGCCUUAUAAGAACAUUGGGGGAGUUGUUCAGUUCGAUAUGGGGAAACGAAUCGAUGGCACAUUUCAGCGAACAGGCCAUCUAAAUUCUCCUCCAGCCCAAGCACUCAACAUUCUUCCAGAAAUUAAGCGCAGACAUCAAUUUCCUGACCAAUAUGGAGGCGUGGAUGAACAUCUGAAGAGAUUCGACAACGACACUCGCUUCCACCGACCCAGCAUAGAUCGGUUGUUCCGCUCCGAUAGCAAACACCAAGGCGGAAAGUCUUGUGAAGGAUGUGACUCAAGUGAGCUCGUUGCGCGUCCGCCUCGUACAUCGCCCAGAGCCAUUGAUGUCUUUUACGGCACAAUCGCAUCUUCCAACACGCUCAUGAAAGACGCUAGAGCUAGAGACUCUUACGCUCAUGAUCCGGAGCUGGGAGUACUUUGCUUCGAGAUGGAAGCCGCGGGCCUUAUGAAUGACUCACCGUGCCUUGUGAUCCGCGGCAUUUGCGACUAUUGCGACUUGCACAAGAAUGAUGAGUGGCAUUAUUAUGCAGCAGCAACUGCGGCAGCAUAUGCUCGAGAGCUCCUUUCUGUAAUUGAGCUUUGAGGCAUGUAGCGCUAUUGCAAUGUUGGGUAAUUGGACAGAUUUAUUGCGUCGGACAGAGAUAUUGUUUCACAAUAUUGUGUAUUUAUAGAGAUGGGAUUGUACAGUAUCGUUUGUCACCAAACACAUUUAUGUAGUGUAUAAUAGACAGGCAGGUAACAACUGCAACUUGGAGC